UAUAAAUCAAUGGGGAUGUAGGACAUCUCAUCGCUCCAAAAAAGAAAAAUAAAUAAAAUUUCUAUUUCUUUUGGAAAAGAUUUAUUAUUUUUCGGCUCUAAAAAAUCCCAUUCACAAUCCAUUUCUUGAAGUAUAAAACAGAGCAUAUAUGGACUUUUAUGAUAUAUACAUAUACUCACUUCUUUGUUUUUGUUUUACAAUUUGAUCUGAGUUUUACUGGUUUUGGUGUUUUUAUUAUCUUCAAUUAUCGACAGAUGCAGAUGGAAAUUGGGGAAUCACGGAUCUUUCUAACAUUUUUGAUCAAUGAAGAUGAUCGGACACAUCAAGCAUAUAGUUUGUAAACAAGGAGGGGUCGAAUGCCGAGAUUCAAACUCCAUCCCAUAUGAAUGCGACUUGAAUGAACCGUCUUAAACUCUGUAUUCAAACUUUAUACAUAUUGGAUCAUCCAACCUUGUUGGUUUUAGUUGGCUUAGAUCAACCAUUGGAUGAUCGGACUACGGAAACAUAGGCCGUAGUUUGAGUAAGGGAACAGAUUGCAAAUGUUCGGAUUUGGACCCGAACCUGAAUCAUUUGAAUGCCUUCUUUUAAGAGUGGCUACAUGAGUUUUAUGAUCAUAUGGUUUGAGACUUGAAGUUAGCUGAAUCAAUCCAUUAUUUAAGCAAUUUAGAUUAUCUCAUUGUCAAGUUUGGGGGGCAGUGCAAGACCUGGGCAGUGCCCAUGGAUGCCACAACAAGCGGAACUCCGACUAUACAAUACCAUAACAUACCUGAUCAAUCGGGUACUGCUAUAGCUGCUGCUUCCAUACCAACAUUUCCACGACAAGUUCGUCAUUGCUUCGGGGACUCAUCUCCUGGAGAAUUCCCCUUAGCUGCGAAUCCUUCCAUUGUUCUUCAUGUCCUUACUGCAUGCAAUUUGGACCCUCGUGAUCUUGCUAAACUAGAGGCAACAUGUUCCUUCUUUAGGAGACCAGCAAACUUCACCCCCGAUUAUGAAUUGUCAAUAUCAGAGCUUGCUGCUCUUGACAUAUGCCAGAAAAGAGCUAUAUUUAAGCCAAUGACUGAUGAAGAAUGUCAAAAUUUGAAGCGAAAAUGUGGGGGAUCGUGGAAAUUAGCCCUCAGGUUUUUGCUGGCUGGGGAAGCAUGUUGCAGGAGGGAGAAAUCACAGGCAAUUGCAGGACCUGCUCAUAGCAUUGCUGUGACAUCAACUGGAGUAGUUUACUCUUUCGGAUCUAAUACCUCAGGACAGUUAGGGCAUGGUACUAUGGAAGAAGAAUGGCAGCCUCAGCAGAUAAGAUCUCUGCAAGGCAUUCGGAUUAUCCAAGCAGCAGCUGGAGCUGGCCGAACAAUGCUAGUUAGUGAUGCUGGGCGAGUGUAUGCCUUUGGAAAGGAUUCAUUUGGUGAAGCAGAAUUUGGAGUUCAAGGAACUAAACUAGUUGCAACUCCACAACUCAUUGAAUCUUUGAGAGACAUAUUUGUGGUGCAGACUGCAAUUGGAAACUUUUUCACAGCUGUAUUGUCGAGAGAAGGCAGAGUUUACACAUUUUCUUGGGGCAAAGACAGGAAGCUUGGUCACCAAACUGAGCAAAAUGACGUGGAGCCUCAGCCUCUUUUGGGGGCACUAGAGGACGUACCAAUUGUGCAAAUUGCAGCUGGUUACUGCUAUCUUCUCUGCCUAGCUUGUCAACCAAGUGGCAUGUCAGUGUACUCUGUUGGGUGUGGCUUGGGAGGAAAGCUUGGACAUGGCUCAAGAAUGGAUGAAAAGCACCCUCGACUAAUUGAACAGUUUCGGCUUUUGAACCUUCAGCCAAUGGUGGUUGCUACUGGUGCUUGGCAUGCAGCUGUUGUGGCUCGGGAUGGAAGGGUUUGCACAUGGGGUUGGGGACGUUACGGGUGCUUAGGACACGGAAACGAAGAGUGUGAAUCAGUUCCAAAGGUGGUAGAAGCAUUAAUCAAGGUCAAAGCAGUUCAUGUUGCUACAGGGGACUACACAACCUUUGUGCUAUCUGAAGAUGGUGAUGUAUAUUCUUUUGGUUGUGGGGAAUCUGCCAGCUUAGGACAUAACACUGCAGCUGAAGGACAGGGAAACAGACAUGCUAAUGUGUUGAGCCCAGAACUGGUGAAGUCAUUGAAGCAAGUGAAAGAAAAGGUGGUACAAAUUAGCCUAACAAACUCAAUACACUGGAAUGCCCAUACAUUUGCACUCACUGAAUCAGGGAAGCUUUAUGCAUUUGGGGCAGGAGAUAAAGGUCAGCUAGGCGUAGAGCUAAUGAACAAUCAGACAGAAAGGGUAAACCCUGAGCGAGUUGAUAUUGAUCUCUAAUGAAUUCCCCUCCAAUAUCUUAGAUCAUAUCACAAAAUUGCAUUGGAUGUCUAGAUUUUCAAUGUGUUGUAAAUAGAUACAAACAGAAGGAUUUGAAGCUUUCAGUUAGGUUAGCAAGGGCCGAUAAGCAGUGUUACAAGUUUGAUUUCCUAAGAAAAUGGUUUAUCACAAUGGCCUUCAAGUUGUUAAUUGUUCAAAUAUCUGUUUAGGUUCGUUGAUUA